AUGACAGGAAGGUUAGAAUAUCUUCGAGAUUUCAGGCCAAUUAGCAACGGUGAAAAUGUCACAUUCGGGAACAAUACGAAUGGGAUAAUUCGAGGUUAUGGUGUUCUUACUAUGGGAAACUUCUCUAUUCAAAAGAUUGAUUAUAUAGAAGGCCUUAAACACAAUCUCAUCAGUGUUGGUCAACUAUGUAAGGCAGACCAUCGUGUUGAAUUUGAUGACCAAUUUUGCUAUAGAAUCGUUAUGGAGGAAAACAGAAGGAAGAUGUCUUCUUUGCAGUUGUGUUGUUUUCUAUUGAUUGGUUGCUUGGUUUCGACCAUUUACGCUUCUUCCGACGCUAGUUCAGAAGAACAUGCUCAAGAAGUUCAUUGUUCCAGAGAAAGAAGUAGAGCUGCAUACAAUAUUAUUGAGGAGUAUUUGAUUCCAUUUGUUGAACAAGAGAAUUACCAAAUGUCACGUAAGUGUAAGCUUCAUCCUGGAAAUGACAUAUUUAGAGAUCAAGAAGAUCACAAGAUUCAUGUGGAUGUAAAUGAAUGGCGUUGUGGAUACUGUAAGAAAAGCUUCCGAGCAGAGAAAUUUCUUGAUCAACAUUUUGACAACAGACACUACAAUCUUCUAAAUGUUAGUGAGGGCAAUUGCUUGGCAGAAUUAUGUGGUGCAUUGCACUGUGAUCAUGUAAUAAAUUCUGUUGUUCCUAAAUCAAAGUGCAAUCCUGCAGCUGCAGCAAGAAAUCGCCACUUAUGCGAGAGUCUUGCAGACAGCUGUUUUCCUGUACAUCAGGGUCCAUCAGCAGGCCGACUUCAUGAACUAUUUUUACGCCAAUUUUGUGAUGCACAUACUUGUUCAGGCCGCAUUAAGCCCUUUUCUAGAGGAGGCAAGAAGCAUACCAACAUCUUUUACUUUGCUAUAUCGAUAUUGAUUUUGAUGUUGCUCCCAAUUUUCUAUCUCAUUGUAUAUCUGUACCAAAGAGAAAUGAGAAAGGGCACACAGAUUCUAAGGCGCAUCUCAAAACAGAGUCUAAAGAAAAAGCCUUCUUAA